CCGCCAUCCCAUGGGGCAAGUUUAGCCAGCCAGCCAGCCAUACAUACAGGACGAACCUCUUCUGAAUCGAUCUUGCCUCCUGCUCAAGUGUCUCUGCCCCCCCCUCCCCCCCUCUCAUCGCAUCUUGUUGCUCUCACGCAAUGGACGCCGAUAAACCAUCAUACGCUUCUACCCACUCACACCCGACUCACAUUGACAUUCCAGCUCCUGAACCUACGGCCUUGGCCCCAGAAGACGAUGCUGAGAAUCUGUCGCCCUUUCCUGGUCCUUCAGGGACCAGACCACCUCCCGCGAGAGGCAUUCUGAAGAACGGUUUCAGGAGACCGUCUGCUGUACUGGAGGAUAUGAGCCCUGCAACGGAUGCUCAGCGGAAUGCGGAGCAUCUCAAAUGGGACGAGCAGAAUAUUCAAGAAACGGAAGUUCAGAAAGACUCGUUGAUGAAGAUCACCGAGCCAAAGACACCGUACGUCCGAUACGAUGCAGAGAACGAUCUCGUCUUGGGUGACGUUCCUGCAUUUGAUCUUUCUCAAGAUGGCCCUCAAUCACCUCAAUCGUCCACUCACUCCAACAAUCUCACCCCUGCAUCUCCCUCUACGGCCCGUAACACCGAUGUCAAUGCCCGUCGGUCAUCCUCUUCCACUUCCUCUUCACGUUCCGCUUCAUUCUCCCUCCCUACGAAAGAUCAUCCUGUCCGACCUGGCGGAGGAAGAAGUCCUUCGCCUCAUGGCUCCAUUGCCUCGUUAAGAUCCAACAGCUCGAGCGGACAUCAACCGAAUGGCGCCGGUGGUGAUGCGUCGACUGGGGCUCAUUCUCAGUCGAGUAGCGGAGGAGGAGGAGUAGGCGGAGGCGGAGGCGGGUUAAACGCCCUUGGGAUCGGGGGUGUACCUGAGCCCAUUGCGAUGGGAGCGACUCAGAUGAAUACCGCUGCGAAUGCCGGAGAAGUCUUUUCAGACUCUGAUGAAGACAUGGACGAAGAGACGAGAGCGAGACACAAGGAAUUUGAACGAAAACGUGGGGCUCAUUAUUCCAAAGAAGCGGCAUUCGCGAUGCGCAAAGCAAAGGAAUUGUUAGCAAAGGAAGAUGAUGAGGAGGAAGAGGAAGACGCUGAGGGCGAAGCCCAAGGCGGCGAAACAGCUCGAGAAGCGGAAGAAGCGGAUGACGAUGAAGAUAUGGAGGAAGUCGGUCGAGAGGAGAACAGAGCAGCAGCAGCAGCAGGAGCAGGUGGCGGACCUUCGCUGGCUAAUGGUGAUGCCCAUCGAGGUCCCAAUGGCGAUACGGGGGCGUGAAUGUGAGGUUUGGCCUCGAGGACGAGCGAAACAGCGGUUCUUCACUGUCCGCUGGGUGACAACCCUUGUCCUUGCCCUGCUUUUCUCUGCUCUAGCUUUGAUAUAAACAGUUCCGCUAUAGCUUCAGGAUCGUUUUCAGCCUUCGCAUGUUGUGUAUUCCUUGUGUUUGUUCCCAAAAGUGACGAAAAAGACCAACCAGAAAUGUAUGGAGAUGAAUGAAAAUGAUUUGAGAGACAUGAAUGA